CGGGACGAACGUUCUACGUAAGAGGGAUGCAAUGCGCACGCGCAUGCCGCAGUUGCCCAUGGUAACCGAGAGCCGCGUAGAGGAUGGGCUUGCUGUCAAUUCUGCGUAAACUGAAGAGUGCACCAGACCAGGAGGUUAGGAUCCUUCUCCUGGGAUUGGAUAAUGCAGGCAAAACCACACUUUUGAAACAACUAGCAUCUGAAGAUAUCACCCAUAUCACUCCAACCCAGGGUUUUAACAUUAAAAGUGUCCAAGCCCAAGGUUUCAAAUUGAAUGUGUGGGAUAUUGGUGGACAAAGGAAAAUCAGGCCAUAUUGGAGAAAUUAUUUUGAGAACACUGAUAUCCUGAUUUAUGUCAUUGAUAGUGCUGAUAGAAAAAGAUUUGAAGAAACUGGUCAAGAACUAGCAGAGCUUGUGGAUGAAGAAAAGCUAAGUGGAGUUCCAGUACUCAUCUUUGCAAACAAACAAGAUUUACUGACGGCAGCCCCUGCUGCAGAGAUUGCAGAGGGUCUGAACUUACACACAAUUCGAGAUAGAGUCUGGCAGAUUCAGUCUUGUUCAGCCCUGACUGGAGAGGGCGUGUCGGAUGGUAUGAACUGGGUCUGCAGAAAUGUCAAUGCAAAGAAGAAGUAAGUCAAGCUGAGUUGCCUGGAACUGGAGAAAUUGCAAGAGCCAAACAUGCUAGCCAGCUGCUAGUGUCUGACCAAAUAUUGUUCCAUCUGCCUGCAGCUACAGCUGUUCAGAAUGGUAACCGUAGCUAAGCCUACUGCUUCAAUAGGAACUUUAUCUGUUGACUAGUAUGAUUCCUCCCCCCGCCCAAAUGCAUUUCUUUCUUUCCUCCUUUUUUAAGAGUAAAUAGUAUUAAGGGUCUCCCUAUUGGUCAUACUAAGCAAUGAAAAUAGGAACGGAUUGCAGUCUGACAUAAAUGCUUCUGAUGGGUUCCAUAGAGGUCAGAUUAUUAUAGUAACAUAUAUCAGUGGCCACAUCACAAAAUCACUCAAGAUCCUCCCCUGGUCCCAUUCAGAGCUUUUCUCAUUAUCUAAUAAAGUGAUCCUUUGUUCAUGCAUAUGCUUCAAUUUUAAAAUGAUAUGUUCCUUGGUACAUUGCUUGCAAGGCACUCAUUUGGUCCUGUGAAGAGCCUUUAUUAUAAUAAUAUGCCCAAGGGUCUGUCUUUCCUUUCACAAAGACAUCUAUGUAACUCAUUUUCUAGCAACUGGAAUGCAAGAAGCAACAGCUCAUGCAGGAUGCUAUAAUUUGAUGAAAUAAAACAACAUGUGGUGGUUGUUAUUACAUUUAUAUUUGGCCUACACUUCCCCAAAUUUCAGGCUUAGUAGCAACUAAGAGUUCUUGAAUGUUCAGGCUUAUUGCAUUGUAUUACUCCUUGAAAAUAGAAUUUAAAAAAAUAAUGGAAGUAACUCAAUGCGCAAAGCCUUAUGCAAGAAGCUAGAAACAAUAGGCUUUGUCAUGUUCUGAAGGGCUUUGAUACAAAAUGUGAUUCGGUGUACCUGAAAUCUACAAAGUCAAUGAACUUAUCCCUGGUAAUUCAAGCAGUAGAAAAGUGUGAAGUGAAAGAUUUUGUCCAUUUUAAGGAGUCAUGACUUUAUUAUUUUUUUGUAUAUGAGUUAGUGUAGCUUCCUGCCACUCUCAUUUACAUUUAAUAUUGCUAACUCUGCAGGAAGUCAUUGUCUAGAUGACUGAAAUACUGAAAUUGAUCAAAUUGUAUUUCAUCAACUUAGAUAGGGAUUUAGGGAGAAAGCUAGAGAUUUAUCUUUGGCUAUGAGAAUGUUGUUGCAUCAAAAUGAAGAGCAAGAGAAGAGAACCGUAACGAGUCAAUAAUAUCCUAAAUAAUAAUAUUCCCCAGAAAAACACAUGAUUUCACAAACACAAUGCCAGAAUAUGCCAUAGGUUACUACUUCUUGCCUCUAAGUUAUUUGCUAAAUUCAUCCAAGUUCCAAGUCAUUUCAUGGGGGUACUCUUUCAUACAAGAGAUGUAGCACGUCACUUGCAGAUUAUAACCAGAAUGUAAGGCUGAAAAAGCUAUGGAAAUUAAAAUUCUCCCUUUGGAAGAAGUCAGCUUGCUUUACUGAUCCUCAGACUAUGGGCAUACCUUGUGGGGAACUAGACAGCACUAGCUUCUUUCAAAUAUUCUUUAUCCAAUCACUAUCUUGUGAUCCUUGCUUAUAUCUACUGCAUUUGGAGUGGGGUGGGGGUUUUUUCCCCUCCUUGGUAUCUUAAAACAAACAUAAAUUCUAAUUACAUAUAUUAAAUUUCUGUCUCACCUACUUCAGAUGGUUUAUGAGAUCAUAAGCAGGCAUUAUUAUAAGAAUUAAGAGGUAUAAAAUGAAGCAUGUGUAACCAUCUAAAUACUUCUAGGGAACCUAACCAUGCUGGUUAAAUACCUGCUCCAACUUCUAAGUGUUUUAGGAGUAUUUUAAUUUUAUUUUAAGUAUGCCAUUAUAUACAAGCAGCUAAAAUGUUGCUUGCCAUUUUAAAACAAAACAAAAAUGCUCUGCAAUCCUUUAAUCCAAAUAUCAAAGAGGCUCAUGUCAUAUGUCUGGAGAGUUCUUCACUGAAAUCCAGCAGAUACAUACCAGUCAGUUCAAGAAUAGGUACAUUUUUCUUACUGUACAUCAAGGUCUUCUUCCCCAGAAUUCCCUGUUGUGAAGGAAACACAUUCUAUCCCUAUACACAGUUUUGACCUUCAAGCAUACUUUGCAGCUCUUCAAAUUUUUAAAUGCAAAAUUUCUCAUUUUUCUUGAUUUUGUCACUGUUGCUUGCUGAGAAUUUUAUGUAUGUUGUGGAGAAGGAUUUAAUUGGAAUAACCAGAAAGAAUCAAUAUGCUCUGUUGACUUCAACAAUCCCAAGAACUCCAGUGUUAAUGCCUCUAUCAAGUUUGAUUCAUUUUUAACUAAGGAAAGAUUUGAAGAGCUCCAAAAUGGAAUUGGCCUAAUGAUCCCAAAAGUUAGUAUCUUGCCAAAGAUAAUGGCUUACUGGAUAAAUGCUUCAUGAGCAACAUGGAAAAUGUGGUAAUUCAUGGAACAAUCUGUUAUUCCUUACAAAGUAAAAAUGGUAGCAGAAGAACACACCAUUAGCUAGCUGUUCUUAAAUAAAUCCUCCAUGUACCCAGCUUUUAAAAAAUUCUCUUACUGGCCUUUAUAAUAUUCCCCAGUGAGCGAUAUACAAUAGGUAUGGUACAAUGUGUAAAAGUCAUGCUGUGAGUCCUUGGCAAGUUGUUUUUCCAGUAAAAUAUUCUUUCUUUUUUAUUAAACUGUGUUGAUAAAGGUAGGUCAGAAAGGUUGAAGUGUAGCUUGAAACACCUUAUUUAACAUGUUAAAUUUAACAUGUUAAAAACAUAUUUUAAAAGCAUGGUUCAAAUGUGGUUUAGUUGCUUAUUUUCAUUAUACACAGCUUGCUCUACUCUCUAAACAAACAUUUUCUUACUAGAUCAUGUUCAGAUGCUUUAUAAAGCCAUGCCUGCAAAUAUUAUCCACUGCACUAUCUUUGUUUUUUUGUUUUUAGUUUAAACAACAAUACAAUUUUAUAAGCUCUUUUCUUCUUUUCUGAACUGAAUGAAAGGAAGUCUGAUGACAUUUAGUAAUAUCAAACCUCUGUGUAUACAUUUAGAUAUUUGGCAAACUUGAAUUAAAUU